CUCAGAAGACGCACAAGAGAGAGGAACACUUGAUCAGUCUUUACGCAGCUCUCCAUGGGCUCUGCGUUCAAUGGAGCACUUCUGAACUCCAGACUUGUAUUCGCCGGGGAGGCUUUAGAAAAGUUGCUGAGCUGAUCCAACGUUGAGGCGACAUGUCAGCCGCGCAGGGACUUCUCAACAGCGUCUUUUCUUGCUCCUCUCCUGCCUCCAAAGCAAUAGCCAAGAGGAGGCUGCGCCAAACCCGCAGCCUGGACCCGGCUAUCAUACGGCACUGCGGGACCGGGACCGGGACCGAUGGGAUGAGCGGGGCGCAAUUUGCGGCCGCCGAAGCAGGUGCGCCGCCGGGUGCGAAGCCGGCUUUGCGCGCCAGGAUCCCGGCGCUGAAAGAACCCAUCACGCCGUCGGUCUCCUCCCCAUCCAUACCUUCGGACGUUUCUCCAUCCUCCAAUUUCCACUUCGACUAUGAUAUCCCGAAGCGCCCAAAAAGGAAUACCGCGGGGGAUUUACCGUUUAUGGUGAGGGGAGCCGGGGCUGCGCAGUCGGGGAGCACCGGCGCGCUCUUCUCGCCGCGGAGGUGGCUCCAGAGGAAAGUUCAGCCGACCUGCCCUCAUGCGUAUGUUGUGUGGAAAUCAGAGGGAGAUUUCACCUGGAGCAGUCUGUCGGGGCGGAGUGUACGUCUGACUCCAGUCGCCGUCCAGAGCCUGUCAGAGCUGGAAAGAGCCAGGCUGCAGGAAGUAGCCUACAGCCGCUUACUCCAGGACUAUGACCUGGGAUGUCAAAUAACCAUCCCAAAGGAUGGACAGAAGAGGAAAAAGUCAUUAAGAAGGAAGCUGGACUCUCUAGCCAAAGAAAAGGGCAAAGAUAAAGAGUGUGUACCCCAGGCCUUCAGCAUACCCCUGUCCCAGGUUAUUGCUAAUGACAGAGCGCACAGGCAGCGCCAGGAUGCUUACCGCCUGGACCCUCCGCAAAGGGAGGAGCACAAAGACUCCUCCGACCUUGUGUCAUCCAUUUUGCAGUUCGCCACCAAGCGACCCUCCAACAAAGAGUUAUCCAGCAGUAACUCCUCACUCAGUUCCACGUCAGAGACGGCCAAUGAGUCAACGUCACCCAACACCCCCGAGUCUGCACCACGAGUCCGCCGGAGGGGAGGCAUGUCUGUGGAUUCCAUCACAGACCUGGACGACAACCAGUCCCGCCUCCUCGAGGCGCUGCAGCUCUCCCUGCCGGCCGAGACGCAGAGCAAGAAGGAAAAGCACAGAGACAAACGUCUGAGCCUGAACCCCAUCUACCGGCAGGUGCCCCGGGUGGUCGACAGCUGCUGUCAGCACAUCGAGAAAUACGGUUUGCAGACUGUGGGAAUCUUCAGAGUGGGAAGCUCUAAGAAGAGAGUAAGACAACUGCGGGAAGAGUUCGAUCGGGGUAUCGACGUGCAGCUGGACGAGGAACACAGCGUUCACGACGUGGCGGCUCUGCUGAAGGAGUUCCUCAGAGACAUGCCCGACCCGCUUCUAACCCGGGAGCUCUACACAGCCUUCAUCAACACCACAUUGUUGGAUCUGGAUGAGCAGCAGAGCGUCACGCAGUUGCUGAUCUACCUUCUCCCAGCAUGCAACAGCGACACUCUUCACCGCCUGCUUGAGUUCCUGUCCACCGUAGCGGACCACGCCAAUGACCAGCAUACCAAGGAUGGUCAGGAGAUUCCAGGGAACAAAAUGACGUCUCUAAAUCUCGCCACCAUCUUCGGGCCCAACCUGCUCCACAAACAGAAGAGCUCAGAUAAGGAGUUCAGCGUCCAGAGCUCUGCCCGGGCCGAGGAGAGCACUGCCGUCAUCGCCGUGCUGCAGAGGAUGAUCGCAGGGUGCCAAACCCUCUUCAUGGUGCCCCCUGAUCUGCAAAAUGAAGUCUUGAUGAGCCUUUUGGAGACAGAUCCAGAUGUGGUUGAUUAUCUUCUCAGGAGGAAAGCCUCACAGAGUCCCGACCUCCUUCCGUCUGAGGAGCCCUUCGCUCUAAGCGAGCGACGUUCGUCCAGCGACUCCAACAAGGUGUCCAGUGGUGAAGUUUCUCCUUACGACAACAAUUCGCCGGUGCUGAGCGAGCGAAGAGGAGAUCCAGGGAGUCCAGCCGCUGACCAGCAGUUCCCUGCGGUGGAGCAGGUGGCUGACUGGAGUCGAGAGCCUUCUAAAGAGGAGCAUGCUAACAUUUGGGGCACAUGGCACACCACUCUCAAGCCAGUUCUCAAGAAUCAAUCGCAUACUGGUUCCCAUGGCAACAUGUCAGAGGAAAGCUCCCGCAGCUCUCAGGAAGGUCUUGACGGACUCCAUGGUGACGUCAAACUGCACAACGAUGCAAAACGGACUCACACGACACCAGAGUGCAGAUCCCACCCCCCUGUAACCCGACUGUGCACGGCCCCCCACUCGGAGGCGGGGCGGCCGCGCCUCCACCUGAACAUUAAACCCCCCGUGACAGCCCACCUGAACAGCAUGCCGGGCCCCCUUCAGUCACCAAGCGACGGACGCUCCCCUCCCCCAUACAACGCCCAUCACCGUGUGGCAGGCUCUCAGAGCUUGCCGCAGCUUGCUGCAGCCCCUCGGCCCCCGCCGCAGCCCGGCAGACCGACAACGCCGCAGACCAACUUGGGCCAGAUGGUUCCGCAGAGUUCCGAGUGGCAGGAAUGGCAGCGGGAACGGUGGCAGAUCUGGCAGCUGCUCUCGUCAGACAACGCCGACACACUGCCGGAGACGCUGGUGUGAUCUUAAGACUGUAGUCUCCAAAACCUUUCAUUGACCCCCCCUUCCAUCUUUUCCUUCUCUUAAGAAACCCUCUUUGAGCUCUUGCAUCUCACCGCCUUGAAGAUGUUUACAUGCGCAGCUCCUGCCUUAUACAGACUUUUUUUAAUCUACGAGCCACAAGUAUUUCUUCUUUGUAUGGAUUUUGUGACCUCUUUUUUUUGUGAGAUAGGAGUCCACCAAAAAUACCUCAAAGUAUAUAUACCCCUGUAGAGAAAAUACCCAAGUAUUCCACUAUGAGUCAGCUUAUCCUCCAUGAUGGAAAACUAUUUUCCAUUUUGUAAACACAUUUUAUUGCUUUUAUUUUGUACACACACUCUAAGAUGUACACAUCAUUAUUUGCUGCUAACUUGUUUUGUGAAUAAGAAUUCUGUUGAUGUAACUCAGCCACGUUUCUGCAAAGAUCAAACUUUUAAUUAUGCUUUAAUGUUAAAUGUUAUUGGACUGUACAAUAUGUAAGAUAAUGUAACAUAUGUAUGUUUUCCUCAGAGUAUCUCCGUAAAAUUAAGACACCUGCUUUGCUGGUUUGUCUAGAUGCUUUUUGUCUCUCUUUUGUUACCAUAUUUCCUUUUGAAUGUAGAAAGUUUCUCUUUUGGCUUAAAUGCUGUAAGUUGUGCGCUCUUGCUGCCUGCUGGACUGCGGACACAAUGUGACAAAGCUCCACUAGGGGAGCUUUGUCGAAUGUUCAAGAUGGGUAUUUGGACAGGUUUUGUAAAUAUUUCCUUUAUUUCACAAGCAUAAAAAAACAUCUGAUUUUAGAAGCAAAGUGUCAGGUCAUUAAAAGAAAAUUCAUCAAAUUCUGAUGCAAAAACACAAAGUUUAGCCUUAGACACCAUGCAUAGAUAUUGAUAUUUACAAGUAUUUCAAAAUAUGACAAAUUUGGAAAAAAAAAGAUGAUAUUUUUUCAUGGUAUUAUUGAUUUUUGUAAAAGAAGAAAAAACAUAUAUAUACUUAAUGUAAAAUAUUGAAUAAAAAAAUGUACAGCCUCUUCUAUAAUUAUUGGCACCCCUGGUAAAGUUGUGUUCUCCAAAGAAUUUAAGUGAGGACUAGGAUUGUGACGGGAAGAUAUUCUUUUUUUAAGUUUGUCUCUGUAUUGAUUCUGCAGUGUAACUCCCAAUCAUUUACAUUUGCAAUUGUCAAACAGGUUUUUUUCCCCUAUAAUACCUACCAAACAGCAACAUGUUGAUAGGAUCUAAUGCUAUGGAGAGAAGGAGAAUUCAAACUGGCACAUUUUGAUGCAGUUUUCUUUAAAACUAGUUUUGGAGAUUUAUGGACUGUAUUGAGAUAAAUGUGUGCCUUUGUCAUAGCACUUGUAAAAUGUUUUCAGUUAUCCCUUUGACUGUAGAUAUGGGCAAACUUUAACAACUAAAGGCAAUGCACUACAAUAAAAAAAAAAAUUUAUUUCUGAGAACUUUUACAGAUCUUUACCAGGAGUGUUGAUAGUCAUGUAGGGUGCUGGAAAUAUUCUUUCAAAUGUUUUUUUCAGAGCUAUUAAUUGGUUCUUUUGCAUAGCACACAUUUAACUGAAUAAUGCCAAACAGACCCAACUGAUUAACGACAUUGAUCCAGUCUGGCCUACUCUUCUCAGAUUUGACUCUGAAGUAAAAUAUUUGCAGGCAAAUAUUUCACUUUUUUAUUCUCUACACAAAUCAUAUUUGCUCAUAUAAAGCCCUUUUUGAUUUCUAUUAGUCAGCAAAAUAUAGCGCCAUAACAGAAGAAAUGGUUUUCAUAAUGCAGGUGGUGCCAUCUAGUGUUGGAAAAACGCACUCCAGCUUGUUCCUGCCUCCCACGUUGCAAAAUUUCCAUGGAAACCCACCCGCCUAUCAGUACGGAGAUUCAAAGCAUGUGACUUAAAGCACCUUUUGGAAUAAAUGCUAGGAAUUGAGUGUGCCAUAGGUUUGGUAUCUCCAUGUAUAGCUCAUUUUAUUUUAUACUUCUGUGGGUUUUUUUGUUGUUAUAAUAUGAAAUAAAAUGUAUCAAUCUGAACUGAAAAAAGAAAGAAAAAAAAGAAAGCAAUGGUCUUCAUUUAAUGUCAUGUCUUGUUGACUUAACUAUUAAACCACCAGAGCCUGUUUGUUUUGGUGGCUUUUACGGGGUCAAAGGUUGUGUUUGGUUACUGCUUUUGUACUGCGUGUCCUCAUCAGCAUAUGCUACCAUUGAAUUAAAUAUGAUAAAGGUUACA